AAUAUUAUAUUUCUGAUUAAAACUUGCACAUUGUUUUUCAUUGUUUUGCAUUGUUCCCAUGUCAUCUACGCUAUCAUAUUCAGUUUAUAGAUAAUAAUAUUCAAAACGGAAACACGCUAAGAUAGUACUAAAAUUUUUUUUGUCACAGAUAUAGACUCUAAAUAUUAAAAUGAUCAAAAUGUUUCAUUGAAGAUAUAAAUAUACACUUAUAUUCUUAGGAUUAACUAAUCUAAACCUUAAGGUUUAGAGUUAGGGGGUGAGAUUUGAGAUCGUGGUUUAAAAUUUAAUAAAAUAAAAAAUAAAUAUUAAAAUUUUAAAAAUAGUUUCAAAAAGUAUUUUCGAAUUACUAAAAGAAAAUUUGAAAAAAAAAAUUUGAAAAAACAAAUUUCAAAAAUAAAAAAAAAAUAUAAAAAUGUCCGAAUUUGAAAACAUAUAAUCUAAAACUAUUAAAAAAAAAUUUAAAUGUUUUUAUUUUUUUAUUGUUUUAUAUAUCUAGGAUAUUAGAGUCAUUUUACAUAUUAAAUAAAACAUUUUAGUCAUUUUCUUUCUUGUGGUCUAUUUUGUGACCAAAACUUAAAAAUUGUCUAUUUAGGAGAAUUGUCCUAUUCAAAAAUAUGUGCAUUAAUUGUGUUAAGUGAAUUCCCAAAAUCAGAUUAUAUUUAAUAUUAAAUUUUCAAUAAAAAUAUAUGUUUUUAUUAAUAAAAUAUUAAAUAUAUUUGUACAUCAUCUAUAUACUAAUUGAAAAACAUUACAAAAUCCGUUUUAUUAAUAUUAAAUUUUCAGUAAAAAUAUAUGUUUUUACUAAAUAAAAUAUUAAAUAUAUUUGUACAUCAUCUAUAUAUUAAUUGAAAAACAUUACAACUUUUUUUGUAGCCAUGUAUCAUCACUACGAUGAUUCUUAAAAUAAUUAGAAAAAUAGGUCGGUCCAUCAAGGCCAGUCGCUGGAUUAAUUAUAUAAUAUUUUUUAUUAAACUAACCAUAAAUUAAUUAUUAAUGUUCUAUAUUAUUUUCUUAAACAAAAGUUAUGGAAUUUUUUAAUGUGGCUAAAGUAUAUAUGACCAUUAAUGAUUUUGAAUAAUAAAUAUUUGAUAAAAGUUAGUGUAUCUUCUAUCAUUUGUUUAAUUUUAAAUUAUUAAAGCAAAUUAAACAACAACAUUAACCAUAUAAUAAAAUAUAGAUUUUUCUGUAUAUGUUAUAAUUUGAAUUCUCAAAUUCAAAUUUUGUGAUCCAUGGUUUAAUAUACACAAAAUUAAUACAUGAGAAGACUUCCCCUAGAAGACUUCUGGAACACUUUGAUUUAAGCGAGAAACCUAAGUUCUUAUAAAUUUAGGCAGGAACCCUAAAUUCUAUUAAAAUUUAGGUGAGAUAUGUAAGAAGACUUCUUAGGAAGUCUUUUGUGAGUCUUCCAGACCUUAUAAUCAAAUAAUUUAACAAAAAAAAAAUACUUCCUUAAACUUUUAAGAUACUUAGAAAAUAUUUAAAUCAAGUUAUUUGAUAUUCAUAUUUAUAGUAGAAGAAAUCAUCGCACAGUAAUUGCGAAUAAGGUGGAAGAGAAAAUAGAGAAGAUAAAAUCUGAGAAUCUGCAAACAAAAGAUAUUGCAUUAUGGAAGAAUAUUACUCAAGAGUUACAAGUCUUCUUUCUCAUCAAAAAACAUUUGACUGAUGAUCCGAAAGGAAUACAUAAUGCAAGGAUGGAAUAAAGCUGUCUGGUUCAAACAUGCAACGCUAAAAUAUGUGUUUCAUGCUUGGACGGCAAUGCAUGAUACAUUGUUGACAUGUGACGGAAUGUUGAAAUGGAAUCAUGCUAUUGACCCUAUAUGUGUGAUGUGUAAACAAGAAGUGGAGACAAUAAAUCCUUUGUUCUACUCCUGCUCUUUUUCGAGUCAGAUAUGACAAAAGCUGAUGAGGGAUUCCUAAGCUUAUUGGUUACAGUGAUAGCAGCCACAACGUUGACAUGGAUGAUGGGAGAAGCACUGCAGGUCACAUCUUCUAUCUAGGCAAAAGUCUGAUCACGUGGAACUCAAGUAAGCAAGAUACGGUUGCUCUCUGUCUUCAUGUGAAGCCAAAUUCAUGGCUGGACAGAGGCUGCAAAGCAGGCCAUAUGGUUGCAAGAACUACUGAGCGAAGUCACAAAGCAACCUAUUGAGAAAGUGCUGAUCAGAAUCGACAACCAGUCUACGAUUGCUCUCACCAAGAACCCUGUGUUCCAUGGCAGAAGUAAACACAUUCACAGGCGAUACCACUUCAUCCGAGAGUGUAUUGAAAGGGGGCAAGUCGAUGUAGAGCAUGUCUCAGGCGAGUUACAAAAGGCUGACAUCCUAACCAAAGCACUAGGAAGGAUUAAGUUUAAAGGAAUGAGGGAGCUCAUCGGGAUGCAAGACAUUUCAAGAGAAAGUUUCAAGCUUAAGGGGGAGACUGUUGGAUUAAGCUUGAAAGAAAAGGAAACUUGAGUUAGAAGUUAUUUCCUAAUCCUACCGAAUUAUGGAAGAUAGGAAUACUAAUGUUUAGGAGUUAUCUAAACAUUUAGGAGUCAUCUAAAAGUAUUACCUAUUAGGAUUAGGAAUUAUAAAUCUCUAUAUAAGAAGAUGCAAGUGUGUUGCAUAGCUUAAGGGUUUAUAGAUUGAGCUUAAAUUUUGAGUUAUUUUCUUAAGCAUUAAUAAAGUGAGUUAUACUUUACAAUCUUUGAAUUCUAGAGGUACGUAUACGAGAAUGCAUUUUGACUACAUUAUUCAAUUUUCGUGAGAGAAUUUCGAUCAACCAGGCACGUCUCACAAAUUCCUCGCAAACCCACCACAAAUGUGUGAGGAUGUUGUGAUAAACCAAGAGUAACAUGCAAAUCCAUCGCAAAUUUUCUAGCGAUUUGCAAAGAUAUAUUUUUAUCUAGCAAUUCCUGUGACGCAAAUUUUUGAGGAGAAUUUUUCUCACAAAUUAUCCUCGCAAAUCGACAUUUUUUGUAGUGUAAGUUUCUUUUUAAAAUAUGAUAGUAACUAUUAUUUCACUUCAGCUUGGCUAAAAAUCACCAACGGAGUGCUGCCUUCCGUUAAAAGUUAGCAUAUAGUAUGGAUUGGACGAAUAACAUACAAUUUUUUCAACUAAUAAAACCAAAAAUGUAUAGAAACUGACUAGUUAAAUACCAUGACCCUUUACUUUUUGCAACCAACGUGAAGAACGGUUAGUUACUUAUCUUUUUUUUUUUUUUGAUAAAGAGUUAGUUACAUAUCUUUGUUACCUACAUGGCUGCAUACAGUCCAUUAUUUUUUUAUUGUAUUUAACCUAUACUAAAAGGGUUAUAUGAGCAUCAGAGAGAGUGUCUACGUAGGACAAUUAAAUCAGCCAAUCAGAAGACUCCUUUUUGACACGUCAUAUAUGCUUUGGUCCACAGAAACGGGUCUUUCAUUUGGGCUAUGUUUACUUUUGAUCCGAUUCAAGCCGAUCUCGCUACGGCUGAAACGCGUGAAGUUUGUUCUUCCUCUGACGAUUCCUCUUCAUCAUCCCCGAUCAAACUUUCCACAAUUCACUGUUACCAAGCAACUACAUCUACAGGCAUGGAAAUCCACUGGCAUGUCUCCCCUCUCCACCGGCAGGUAACUAUUUGUCUUCUUCUUCUUUGAGAAAGUGUUUCACUUUCAUGGCUAUUAUACUGUAUUUAGUGGAGUUUAGGUUCUGCUAUGAUCAUUUGUUUGCGAUUAUGGUUAUAAAAUUUUGAUUUUGUACAUCAAGUCCCAGCUCGGUCUAUGUGACCCCUUUCUCUCACGCUGCUGCUCGAAGUCCUUUACCAGAACGCAAGGACUGCUUCUUGUGGCUUGUGCAGUCACAGUAGUGGCGUGGCUUGUCUCUGGUCAUUGGGUGUUGAACAAUUUGCUUGGGAUAUCUAUUUUUAUUGCUUUCGUCAGCCAUGUUCGUCUUCCUAAUAUCAAGAUAUGUGCUAUGCUCCUCCUGUGUCUGUUUGUGUAUGACAUAUUCUGGGUGUUCUUCUCUGAGAGGGUCUUUGGUGCUAACGUUAUGGUGACCGUGGCGACGCAGCAAGCAUCGAACCCGGUUCAUACAGUAGCCAAUAGUUUGAAUCUUCCUGGACUGGAAUUGAUUACAAAGAAACUGGAGUUGCCUGUUAAAAUAGUGUUUCCAAGGAACCUAUUGGGCGGUGUGGAGCCUGGUGUGAGUUCCUCAGAGUUCAUGAUGCUUGGUCUUGGUGACAUGGUAACAGAUCAAAGCCAAACAUGAGAGAUUUGAUUUUGUAGCAUAGAAAGGAGCUCUCAUGUUUGGCUUUUUCUUUCUGUGUAAUAUAAUGGACUGAUUUGAGAUUUAACUCUUUGAUUCUUCAGGUUGCUCUGUAUGUUGGUGGUCUUUAUAUUUGUGGAAAGAUUGGAUGGGAAUCUGUAAUGAAAAUGGGACAAGACACACGAGAACUGUCAAGGAUGAAGAGGACAGUCUAAAGAGGAAGGUAAAGGAGACUAUGGAGAAAGCUUUCUGGGAUAGUGUGAUGGAAUCAAUGAAACUGGAGGAGCCUGGGAUGAGCUUUGCCAGAUGGUGCCUGGUAGCUGGAAAGUGGAAAUAACUGAAACUAUUGAUCUUGACCUUCUCUCACAGUUGCUUAACUCUGGCACCUUGGAUAUUGAUUACCUUGGAAAGAUGCUUGAGUUUGCAUUAGCUACUCUUCGGAAACUCUCGGCUCCAGCUAAUGACCGUGAGAAUGAAAGCACCCACCAGAGUUUACUGGAGGAACUUCACAGGUUGUGUCAAGCUAAAGAUGAGUCUGGUAGCCUCCAUGCUGUUGCAAUUGUCAAGGGGAACCGCUUCAUUCUUGAGCAGAUUCACGUCUGAAUCCGUAAUACUUAUGUGAAUUAUUUUAGAUAAAUAGUUUUUAAUACUAAACAAGUCAUGCUCUUAACUAAAAUAAACUAACUUAGUAUUUAUAUUUAUUUGACGAACAUCAAAUUUAUUUGAUUUACAAGAACAUAAACAUUACAUAAUAUCAUUUCACAAAGUAAAUUAACGAAUAAUCUAUAAAUACAUAUGCAAAAUUAUAAAAAUAUAAGGAAACAUACAAAGAAAUAUUAAAUAAAUAACAAAACGAUAAAUAACAAAUACUACCUCUGUUCCAUAUAGAUAAAGUUUUGGAAAAAAAUAUUUAAAAUAGAUAUAUUUUUAUAUUCUCUAUAUGUUUCAUCUUAUUUAAUAAUAGUAAAUUAUAAAUUUCAAGAAAAUCAAUUGAUCCUUUUUAAAUUAUUUCUCUUUACUUUUAUUAUAAAUUGGUAUUUAUAGAAGUGAUACAUUAUACAAAUUUGAUGUAUUUAUAAAUAUCUGUGAACAAACGAAAAAUAAUAUUCACAGAUUGGAGGGAAUAAUAAAAACUCAUGUAAUAUAAAUAUAUUAAAUUAAUUAAAUGAUUAAUAUAGUUGGGAAAUACCCUAGGAUAGAACUAAAUUUUUUUUGUCACAAAUAUAGAUUUUAAUGAUGAAAAUGAUCAAAAUAUUUCAUUAAAGAGGUAAUAUACAUUUAUACCCAUAGGGUUAACUAAUCCAAACCUUAGGGUUUAGAGUUAAGGGGUGAAGAUUUGGGAUUGAGGUUUAAAAUUUUAAAAAAUAAAAAAGAAAUAUUAAAAAUAAAAAUUUAAAAAUAGUUUUAAAAAGUAUUUUACGAAUUACAAAAAGAAAAUUUAGAAAAUAAAAUUAAAAAAAUUCAAAAAAAAAUAUAUAAAAGUUCGAAUUUGAAAACAUAUAAUCUAAAACUAUAAAUUUUUCUUUUUUAAAAAAUAUAUCUAGGGUAUUAGAGUCCUUUUACCUAUUAAAUAAAACAUUUUGGUCAUUUACCUCCUUGUGAUUUAUUUUUGUUGACAAAAACUUGAAAAUGAUCUAUUUAGAAGAAUUACCCAAUAUAGUUUCAUAAUUAUUUAAAUUUUUCAUUCUUUUACCAUAAACUCAAAAAUAAGUGUUAUAAUAAUCAAAUAAAAUGAUUUAAUUUUCAUAUUUGGUGAUUUAAAAAUAGAGAUGGUUGAUUUGUUUUUGAACAAGUGCAAACGACACACAAAAUAAUAAAUAUUAUUUUCACACAAAAACAUUAAUGUUGAUAAUGGUGACCAACAAUGGUCUAACUUUCUAUGUGAAUUGAUGUUCUUAUAAAUUCAUCAUAAGAAACAGAAAAUAUGAGGUCAUAAUAGUAACAAGAGUUGCAAAAGCGGAACCGUGUAUAAGCGGAAAAACAACUUUUUUAAAAAAAAAAUAGGAAUCAUUUACAUGUUGGAAGCGUAUAUCUAUAUAUAUAUAUAUAUAUACUGAUAUAAGAAAAAUUUAUAAAAAUAAUGACUAAAAUUAUAUGAUUCAAAUUCAAAAUAAAACAUUUAUUUAUUUACAAUAACAUUGAAUGAUUUCAUAUUAAAAUUGUGACAAUACAAAUAAAUUAAGUUUAUAAAAAAACUAUUAUCCAAUUAAUUACUGUUAAUAUUUCAUAAAUAAUUGGCACAAUAUAUUUGAAUCGAGAUUUCGUAAGGUACACAAGGUUCCGAUCUGAUUCUGGUAUUGAAGGGGAAAACGGACUCCCGAUGAAGCUUCCGUGCAAUCUAGAAACUUAUUAAAUCAAAUCGAGUUUAGUUAUUUGUUUCAAAACUACAAAGAAAUUAACAAUUUUCCAUCUCAGCAUCAAGAAAGCGUUUUUACUUUGAGAACACCAUUAAUAUCAUACAAAUCUUCAUAAAGAGGAAUACAAAAUUUUUAUACAUAAAGGCAACAGUUAACUUGGCAUCCUAUGACAAAUAAAGCUUUCGCAACACAAUAUUUAAACGACCAAACAUCGUCUAUCCCCAUGUUAUACUAAAUAUGGUAAAUGAUAAACAAUUUGUGUUAACUAAAACUCAUUUAAUAAUAUGUAGUACUGAAAAAAUAAUUUAAAUUGUAAGUUUUUUAUAUAGCAAUAAUCCGCGCGUAGCGCGGAAAACGACCUAGUUUAGUUAACAAAGAUAAAGUCCAAUAUUUGGUGCAAGUUGCAACUCUCGAAUUGGCCAUUAAAUAACACAUCUAAAUUUCCAAUGGAUGGCAGAGGUAGAUGGCAAGCGAGUGAGCGAUUAAUGUUAAAGCUACUUGGUUUGCUCGUACUUUUUUACUGUGUUGCAUCUUACUCUUUUUUUGCUGUGUUGCCUCUUACUUUUCUUACUUUCUUGGCUCGUACAACUGAUAUAUUCAUUGACUUUUACUCUUUGCAUUAGACGUGAAGAAUGGUAUUUGAGUCAAGCAGCGUGGUGGAUUUAUCUUUGAGGAUCCCAAUAAGUCUAAUUGUUUUGUAUAUAAAGAGGUGACUAUGAAACCAUUUAACAAUCACAGUUUCUUUUACAAAAAAAAAACAAUCACAGUUUCCCGUUUUUAUCCUUUUCUUUUUCUCAUUUCAUUACUGAUUUUCAACUAAUUUACAUUGUUUUAAAGAACGAGUGCAGUUUGAUCCCAAAAAAGAAGAAGCUACGACUGCAAAAAGCUCUUGGAAUUCAAUGAGUACCUUUCCUAUUACUCUUUCUUUGCUCUUAUUUAUUUUUAAUUCUCAGAAACUAUUUCCGGCUGCUACAAGAAUCUUGUGUCGUCCAGAUCAAAGAGAUGCACUUCUAGAGUUCAAAAACGAGUUUGAGAUUGGCAAACCUUCUCCUUUCUGUACCAUUGCUCAUCCGAAGACAUUGUCAUGGGUGAAUAACAGUGAUUGUUGUUAUUGGGAUGGUAUCACGUGUGAUGCUAAAUCUGGGGAAGUUAUUAAGCUAGACCUAAGUUGCAGCAGCGUCCGUGGCCGGUUUCAUUCUGAUAGCAAGCUUUUAAAGGUUCAAAGCCUUCGUAUUCUCGACCUUUCACAUAACAAUUUCAGUGGCCAAAUCCCAUUUUCAAUUCAAAAAUUGUCUCAUCUUACCAGUCUCAAUGUUUCCAGAAAUUCUUUUAGUCGUUGCAUUCCUUCGUCCAUUGGAGACAUUCCUAAUCUCACUUUUUUAGACCUUUCCCGUAACAAAUUUGUUAGUAAAAUCCCAUCUUCACUUGGAAGUCUACUGCAUCUUACCUCUCUGGACCUCUCAAAUAAUAGUUUUUUUGGAGAAAUCCCAUUUUCAUUUGGAAAUCUCUCUAAUCUCAUUUCUCUUAACCUCUUUGAUAAUAACUUUGAGGGUAAACUUCCAUCUUCACUUGGAAAUCUUUCUUAUCUCAAGUUUCUUGACCUCUCUGUUAACAAUAUUGUUGGUGAAAUCCCAUCUUCACUUGGAAAUCUUACUCAUCUUGCUUUUUUCUACCUCCAUUUUAAUAAUUUUUCUGGUAAUAUUCCAUCUUCACUUGGAAAUAUUUCUCAUCUUACUGCUCUCACCCUCUCUUUUAACUAUUUUGUUGGUGAAAUCCCAUCCUCACUUGGAAACCUUUCUUAUCUCAAAAAUCUCAUUCUUUCUCAUAACAGUUUUGUUGGUGAAAUUCCGCCUUCUUUUGGCAGCUUGAGCCACUUGGCCUUCUUAAAUGUUGAGUCCAAUAACCUUAGUGGUAGCUUCCCUCUUGAACUACUAAAUCUGACAAAAUUGUCUAUUUUAUUCCUCUCCAACAAUCGGUUUUCAGGCAUUCUUCCUUCUUCUUUCAACAACACUCUUGAUUUUUCUAAUACAUCUCUGUCAUCUAAGCUACGAGAGUUAUACAUAGACAAUAACAACUUCAUAGGACCAAUACCCAUAUCCAUUUUCCAAUCGGUCAGCCUCGUGAGAGUCCACCUUGGUAACAAUCACCUCAGUGGAAAACUUUCUGAAAUAUUUUUCAAUGGCAGCAACCUAAGGUCCCUCCAUCUUGGUCAUAACCAAUUAGUGGGAAAACUUCCGAGAUCUUUGUCUAGCUGUUCUUCUUUGGAGGUUCUAAACUUAGAACACAACAGAAUUAAUGACACAUUUCCAUUUUGGUUGGAAUCCUUAAGAAAUCUACAAGUGCUGGUCCUCCACUCUAAUGAAUUCCACGGGGUGUUACAAUAUCAUCCCAACGUUACUCCUUCGUUCUCUCAGUUGCGAAUAAUUGACAUAUCAUAUAAUUCCUUCACUGGAACUUUACCAUCUAAUUUUUUCAUGUAUUGGAGCGCGAUUUUCUCAAAGGGAAACCAUUCAGAACUGAAUUACGUUGGAGAUCGUUCCUAUGAUCAAGACUCGUUGGCUUUGAUGAAUAAAGGACUAAAGAUGAAGUACAGAAGGAUUCUCACACUCUUAACGGCCAUUGAUAUUUCAGAAAAUAGGCUCGAAGGAAACAUCCCUAAAUCCAUUGGCCAAGUGAAGAAUCUUAUUGUGCUCAAUCUGUCAAGCAAUGGUUUCAGUGGACACAUUCCUUCAUCUUUGGCAAAUCUGACUACACUCGAGUCUCUAGACUUGUCCAAUAAUAAACUUUCAGGCCAAAUUCCUCCUUCUCUUGGAGACCUAACAAGCCUUUCAAACAUUACGGUUUCCCACAACCAGCUUGUUGGUCAGAUACCUCAAAGCACGCAGUUUCAGACUCAAGAUGCUUCAUCUUUUGAAGAUAACAUGGGACUUUGCGGUCGCCCUCUCAGUAUAACAUGUGGAUACAUAGACACAGAGAUAUCAGAAGAACCCGAAACAGAAGAAGAAGAAGAAGAAGAAGAGCAAGCAGUAUUGAGCUGGACUGCAGCUGUCAUUGGCUUAGCACCUGGAAUCAUCUUUGGAUUGAUUAUUGGGAACUUUGUGACUUUACAAAAGCCUCAAUGGCUCAUGUAGAUAUCUGGUGGUAUGUUGAAUCUCCAACCAACAAUUCUUUUUCUGCAAACCCUACAAAUGAAUUGUAACUGUUUCCCAUAUCCCUAUUUAUUUACAAAAUCAGUUUUCCUUUGUAAAUGGUGUUUUGAUCUCGGCGGCUUGCAUGGAUCUGUCGCGAACAAAUCAUCAUAUCCAACACAGUGAGGACCGUGGAUAUAAUACCUAGAAGAAAUUGUGUAAUGCUUUAAAUAAACUUUUAGUUACUUAAUUCGUGGUUUUUUUUUUUUGUAACUGGCGUGCUGUAUUUUAUCUGUAUCAGCAAUUUCUUUUUUUUUUGGUUUAAGAACAUUUAUCACUAAUCCAAGAGACAUAAGUUUAUUCUGA